UGCUGCCUCGCCUGUGCUCGGCCAGUAAUGCGAGCCCCAGCGAGGGAGCCGCAGGGCGGCCUGGGUCCCCCCCCUCAAGCCCCGGACAUCCUCUGGACAGAGCUGCCCAUGAGAGCGGAUGCAGGAUUCCAGGGCUUCAGGCCAGCCUGACUGUGUGCGUGGUGAGGGCUGCUGCGCUCAGAGUCUCCUGCAAGCCCAACCCAGGCCUGGACUCAGCUCAGAGGACGCCUCCACGGGUCUCUGGCUAAAAAAGUCCCACAGGUGGGAACCAGAGCAGAGAGCCGCCUCCUUCAGCCCUGUCUUGCAAAGCAUCCCUGUGAAGUUCAUUUAUUCAACAAAGCUCACUGAGCACCCACUACGUGUUGGGCACUGUUCCGGCAGGGUCCCCUGCAGGCACAAAGUCCCUGCUGUGACAGAUGUCCAAGGAGCGGGCCCCGGGGCGCGGCUGGCUUUAGGCCCAGAGAGGCUGGGGGCCUGCCCGAGAUUGCACAGCUCAGUAGGACCACUCCCACACUAGGCCUUUUCCUGGCCUUCAGCUUCCGCUUCCGUCUACCUCAUAAUGGCCACCACACAGACCCUUCAGAGGGGCCAGAGAAGGUUCUGGAGGCUGUGGACACAGACAUUCCCUCAAGUCAGGCUGCAGCAUCCCCAUCCCCAUCCCGAAAGGAGCUGUCACACUGUCACACUGCCUCUGGGAGGAACUGCUGGGCCUGCCCCGGGCAGUGGGUGCAGGACAGGGAGGGACAAGAAAAUUUGCUGAGAAGACACUCAGAAACCUCCUCCUUCUCUGGGGCAAAGUCCCCCAGGGCACACAGCGAUUGGUGGGCAGCAACUAUACCAGGGCACCGUGGCCCAAGGGGGACGGGAAGGAGCAUGCCCCAGCAGGGGCAGCAGGAAGGGGACUGACCCCGAGAGGCACCCACAAGCCACGGCGCCAGUCAGGACUCUCCGGGGGGAGGGAGCAGGAUGGGCUGAGUCUUCCGGUCCAGGUGGCACAGGCAGUGGGCUGGGCAGCACUGCGGCCUGGGGAACGGGCCCUGCCCCCCCCCCCCAAACUUGCAGAUGGAGGCACAGUGCCCUCCACCAUUACUGCCCGCCACUGAGGCUGGGCCCGCUGGGAGCACUGCUGGGCCCAGCCCCGCCCUGAACUUGGGUCUGAACUGGAAGACUUCAGGGGCUGGGGCCCUCCCCACCCACCCACCCGGUGGGUGCAAAGCGCCUCCCUCCCACUCUUCUGAUGGGGUAGGGACCACCAUAGUAAGGUCUGCAGAGCUCAGGGAAGACUUCUCAAGGGGCCUCCAGGCCAACCAGCCAGAGUGCCAGCAUCCUGCCCUUGCCCUGCCCUUCCCCGCCCUACCCAGGGCAGGCGGCACACAGCGUCUGGUCGUGCCACACAGGGGUCUACUUACGCUAGUCCUGCACUCAGAGCCUGUGCCCAGCCCUGCAAUACCCCUGGCCUGGCUCAGGGCCCAUCCAGGGAGGAAGCCCACUCGAAGAGGGCUGGGCUGGGGGCCCAGAGCACCUGCCACAGGGCAGCAGUGCAACGUGGACAAGGCAGGCACCUGGGGCUGUGACAGGUACCCCUCGGGAGCCUCAACUCCUGGGUAAACAUUAAUGGGGCUCAGUACACAGCAGGUCAUGUGUGCGCCCAGCAGAUCUUUGACCGGCAGCUGCUCCCGCCCUGUGUUUCCUCCCCGCAGGUGCCCCCUCACUACCCUCACAGGUAGGAGCUUCCAGAACCAGGUGGGGGCCCAGGGACAUGGAGACAAGGGCUGGUGACCUCCCGGCCCAGGGCUCAGGCCCCACCCUGAGCCUCCUGAGCUGAGGACAAGAGACAGGAGGGAGGGUGACAGAAAGCUCUCCAGUACCUGGACCCUGGGGCCUGGGAGGGAGAUGGGGUAGACGGCUAGACGGGGGAUCCAGACCCAGAGGGCUGAAGAGAGGAGCCUUGAGGCGAGGUGGGGGCACCCAAGCCCCUUGCCCUGCCCCCAUCACUGGGGGUGGGGCCCUUAUCAAGCAGAGACGUCACGGUCUGGUAUCAAAUGCCAAAGUCUAAGCUGGGACCAUCUGCAGUGUCCCUGAUGACACCUGAUAGGAGAGGUCCCUGGGUUCCCGGCUCCUAGCCACUUCCGGCACCCGGCACCCUGUGCCCUGGGCCACCCACCAGGUCUUCUUCCAGCCAGGACCAGCGAGGGAGCCAGGGAGCCAGGGUCCCCUCGACUCUGCCCCCGAAACGGGACUGGGCUCUCCUGACAGCUGCCUGAGGUCACUAUAGCCAUCCCCCAUAGAUGGACGAAGCAGGAAGUGGGCAAGGCGGGUGUGGGGGGGAGGGGAGGGAAGACAGAUCUCAGGUUAGAGGACCCCAGGACCUGGCGGGGCAGGGGGAGGCUAUGUAUCUGACCUGCUUUCCCCGCCCCCAGCAGAUCCAGGCCUGGGCCUGGUCUAUCCCUGCCAGAAAUCCAUGCCGAAUUCCCUCACGGGUGGCCAGGUCCCCCCCCUUACUCUGGACACAGUUGGCCUGGUGGACCGGAGCCUGGGAAAUGCAGGGACCUCCGGUUCUGCCCCAGUCUUGGAAGAGGGGAAAAUGGACCCCUGGGCCCUCCCUCAGCUGAAGGACACUGGCCAGUCCUGGAAAGAGCUCAGCGUGGCCGGCAGGGUGCUCCGGGUGGCCACUGGCUUCCUCAAGGCCUGUGGACUCCUGGGCAGCCUCUACCUCUUCAUCUGCUCCCUGGACAUCCUCAGCUCCGCCUUCCAGCUGCUGAGCAGCAAGGUGACUGGAGACAUCUUUAAGGAAAACGUGGUGCUGUCCAACCCCGUGGCUGGACUGGUCAUCGGCGUGCUGGUCACAGUUCUCGUCCAGAGCUCCAGCACGUCUUCCUCCAUUGUGGUCAGCAUGGUGGCCUCCAAAUUGCUGACCGUCCAGGCGUGUGUGCCCAUCAUCAUGGGUGUCAACGUGGGCACGUCCAUCACCAGCACCCUGGUCUCAAUGGCACAGUCAGGGGACCGAGAUGAGUUUCGGAGGGCCUUUGGCGGCUCAGCUGUUCACGGCAUCUUCAACUGGCUCACGGUGCUGAUCUUGCUGCCACUGGAGAGCGCCAUAGCCCUGCUGGAGAGGCUCAGCGCCCUGACUCUGGGCGCCACCAGCCUGCAGCCUGGGGGGCAUGCGCCCGACAUCCUCAAGGUGCUAACGCAGCCUCUCACACACCUCAUUGUGCAGCUGGACACCGAUGCGAUUGCAAGCAGUGCCACGGGCAACGCCACCAACAGCAGCCUCAUUAAGCAAUGGUGCGGCACCAGGGAGGUGAUGACCUCGGGGAACAGCAGCGACUGUGGAGCGGCGGCCUCCGGCCCCUGCCCUGAGAGGAACGGAACGGUUGCGGUGGAGCUGCUGCCCUGCCACCACCUGUUUGUGGGGACCACGCUCACGGACCUGGCCGUGGGCUUCAUCCUGCUGGCUGCCUCCCUGCUCCUGCUCUGCACCUGCCUCGUCCUCAUCGUCAAACUGCUUAACUCUGUGCUGCGCGGCCGCAUCGCCCAGGCCGUGAGGAAGGUCAUUAAUGCCGACUUCCCCUUCCCCUUCAGCUGGCUCAGCGGCUACCUGGCCAUCCUGGUGGGCGCCGGCCUGACCUUCGUGCUCCAGAGCAGCAGUGUCUUCACGGCGGCCGUUGUGCCGCUCAUGGGGGUCGGGGUGAUCAGCCUGGAGCGCGCAUACCCCCUCUUCCUGGGCUCCAACAUCGGCACGACCACCACAGCCCUGCUGGCCGCCCUGGCCAGUCCGGCGGACAUGCUGCUCAGCGCCCUCCAGGUUGCCCUCAUCCACUUCUUUUUCAAUCUGGCUGGCAUCCUGCUGUGGUACGUGGUGCCUGUCCUGCGGCUGCCCAUCCCGCUGGCCAAACGCUUCGGGGACGUGACCGCCAAAUACCGCUGGGUGGCCAUCGCCUAUCUGCUGCUCAGCUUCCUGCUGCUGCCGCUGGCCGCCUUCGGGCUCUCCCUGGCAGGGAGCACAGUGCUGGCUGCAGUCGGAGGACCCCUGGUGGGGCUGGUACUCCUCGUCAUCCUGGUCAACGUCCUGCAGCGGCACCGGCCAGCCUGGCUGCCACGCCGUCUGCGGUCCUGGGCCUGGCUCCCGCUCUGGCUCCACUCUCUGGAGCCCUGGGACCGCCUGGUGGGCCGCUGCUGCCCCUGCAGGGUCUGCAGCCCCCCUCCGGCCGCUGCCAAGGAGGCCCACUGCUACGAGAACCCUGAGGUCCUGGCCUCCCAGCAGCUGUGAAGGGUGGGCACCCCCACUUCGUGGACUUCUGGGUGCCCUGGGGGAUCCUAGUAGCAGGAGACUUCCGAGUCACCUAGCUUGGCUUCCUUCCAAAUAAACAAGGCUAUAAACCA